CUAUUUGCCGCGCUUUUCAAGAAAGGCAAGAAGCGGCUGGUUCAAAACAUUUGUUCAAACGAGAUCAAAAACGCGCGACAGCCGGCUGCGGCAGACGACAUCGCAACAAAAUAAGGAUUGCAAUUUAAAGUUUUAACACUUAUCCAGAAUUUUAAUUCUGAAGUUUAUUAAGAUAAGUGCGGUGAAUAAUUUUAACUUAAUAAAAUCCGGGAGUUCAGAAGCGGUGAAAACUUUUUCGCGCUAGAAACACAUAACUUCUGAAUUUAGAAUCAUGGGUGAACUAGGUGCUAAGCUUGGUCUCGAUGAGCUGACUGGAGGAGCUGCCGGCAUCAGCAAGGCACUGCUGGCAGAAUUCAUCGGUAAUCUGUUACUGAACCUGUUCGGAUGCGGCGCCUGUAUCAACAUCAUUCAAGGCUCCAGUGCUCCUCCCAACAUAGUGCUCAUCGCCCUUGCCUUCGGUCUGGCGGUGUUUGCUAGUGUCUCGGCGAUAGGACACAUCUCAGGAGGCCACAUCAACCCCGCCGUGACUCUAGGUCUGGCGUCAACAGGUCGUGUUAAGAUUGCGCGUGCGAUUCUGUACAUCAUAGCGCAGUGCGCAGGCGCGGCCGCUGGAUCUGGCCUGCUGAAAGCCCUUACUCCCGAUCGAGCAGCUGGUACCCUCGGCACCACCGGUCUCGGCGCUGACGUCACUCCUUUGCAAGGCUUCGGAAUCGAAUUCUUCCUAGGAUUCGUGCUCAUCUUCGUCGUGUGUGGGGUAUGUGACCCUAACAAACCUGACAGCAAAGCCACGGCGCCUCUGGCUAUUGGCCUGACAGUGACGCUAGGCCACUUGCUUGCUAUCGACUACACCGGCUCGGCCAUGAACCCUGCUCGUUCCUUCGGCUCAGCGCUCGUCGCCAACGUGUGGACUGACCAUUGGGUAUACUGGGCGGGUCCUAUCGCCGGUGGCAUCGCAGCUGCACUACUGUACGUUCACGGAUUCUCAGCACCCGCUGUAAGCACGCCCCCGCGCUACCGCUCCGUUGCCGGAGACGAGAAAGAGCUGAAGAGGCUCGACGGUAAAGGCGAAGACAUGGCUUGAGAGCGCCGACUGGCGGGGCCCGCGCGCCUCCCGCGCCCCCCGCGCCCCUGCGACCCGUGGCCGGGCCCGGGCCCGCACUCCACCCUUCUACUACUACAAAACCAACGACAGCUUUAAGUGACCUACAACGGCUGACAGAACUAUAGUGACCGCAUCAAGGACGCUACCCACACGAACCAACCACACACUUCUAAGAAAUCUGAUAUUUGGAAUCUUAUCUCGUGUCAAACGAUAUCAAGUCUCGGAGUCAUUCUCAUUGCUCUGCUGAGUAUAUUGUGGAGUGUACUAUAGUGUAGAGACUUCUUGGUAAGAAGCCAACCGACCAGUUUGUGUCCAUACAUAAUAAUGUUUGUACAUUGUAAAUAUCUAUAAGUACAGCGUAUUUAUGCAAAACUACAAGCUUCUUUCAUAUAUUAAGUAUUCGAACAAUUUGAUAUCCGCCCCAUAUUUUAAUGUUAAGUUUAACGUAAAUGUUUUAAAUAUGUUUGACGAUAAUUUAUAACAAAAUAAUUGAGGUUUUUAUACUCUUUGAUAUUUGGGAUGAUAAAUGUUUCUAAAUUUUACGCGUAGGUAACGAGGGAGUUAAGUAUAUAUGACCUUUCAAAAAUCUCACUGUGUAGCUCCCUUAAUAGUGUAGUUAAAUAUUUAAGUACCUAUCAAUUACUUUAACGUAUUUUGUUUACUUCAAAUCGACUUACAUUCGCAAGUUUACAUACAUAAUGUUCAUCAUACAUUGAAUGAAGAUUCAUUUCACUGUCCGUAUUAUCUUUAUAAAAGCUACUAAAUACCAAAAAACUAAAAUAUCAUUUUUAUAAUAAUAAAAUAUCAUUUUUAUAAUAAAAUUAUACCUUAGACAGAACAUUUCUCUAAACAAAUCUGGUACCUAUUGUAAGUCGCUUUAUGUGUAAGCUAUUACCUAAGUAGUACAUAGAACCUAGCGAGUUUACAACCGAAGUGUUCAAAGUUAUACCAACUCGAGAAUGAACUAAAUGAAUGAAAUAAUUUUAUAACUACUGAUUUGUGAGAAUGUCAAAUUAAUCUAUAGAUACGUUUGUAAGUACCUUAUACAUAUAAAUAUGAAUGUAAACGUUUUGUCUUGAUAAUUUAUUAUGGUAAAUAAAUAUGAUACUAUUU